AUGGAUUCAGUCAUUGAAGGCGAAAACGGGCAUGACUUUGUGAUCGUGGGCGGGGGAAUUGGUGGCCUUGCUACUGCUCUUGCUCUUCACAGGAAAGGAUUCAAAGAUGUUGUAGUUUACGAAAGAUCGAAGAGACUGAGAGCAGAGGGACCAGGACUAGUGAUCUUCUCUAAUGGAUGGCGGGCACUUGAUCAACUUGGUGUCGGAGAUCAACUCAGAGAAAAAGCUAUUCUUCUUCAAGGAGCAGAGGAUGUAUACGUUGACCAAGGAAAGAGCCAGAACCUGUCUAGUUUUGAUAGGAGUGGUGAAGCUCGUUGCUUGAAAAGGAGCGACUUGAUAAACGUUCUUGCGAAUGCUCUGCCUCGCGGAACCAUACGAUUUGGGUGCAAUGCAAUUGCCGUGAAAACAAAUUCUCAAAAUAUGUCUCCAAUUCUUCAACUAGGUGAUGACAAAGCGAUUCCAGCAAAGAUUUUGAUUGGAUGUGAUGGAUCAAACUCCAAAGUGGCAGAUUUUCUUGGGUUGAAACUAAUAUCAUCAUUUAAGACGUUUGGUGCAGUUAGGGGCUUGACUAAAUACCCAAAUAAACAUUUGUUACCUCCUACAUUUGUUCAUAUGAGAAGAGAUAAAAAUUUGGUGGGAAGAAUUCCGAUCAACGAUAAGUUGGUGUUUUGGUAUGUCGAGCUGUCCCCUCCAGGUGGGCAAUUUCCAAAUGAUCCCGAGCUUAUAAGAAAGGCAACCUUAGGAAUGGUAAAGGGCUUUCCCUUUGAGGUAGUCGAGAUGAUAGAAAAGAGUGAUCUUGCCUCAUUGUCCUUCACAGAUAUAAGAUAUCGCCAUCCAUGGGAGAUAGUAGCCGGAAAUUUUCGGCGAGGAUCAGUAACGGUCCUCGGUGAUGCAAUGCAUGCAAUGCCUCCAUUCAGAGGGCAAGGUGCUUCAGCUGCCUUGGAAGAUGCAGUUGUUCUUGCGAGAAAUCUAGGACAGAGGAUUUGUUCUCUCGAUCAAUUCGAAGGAAGAAGAAACAUUAUCGACUGUCAAAAGAUUAGGGCGGCACUUGACGGGUAUGUCAAAGAACGACGAAUGCGGAUUUUGCAUUUGUCGCUACAAACUUAUCUAAUUGGUGUGAUUUUGGAUAAGCCAUCACUCAUUGUGAAAUUCAUUGCAAUCAUGAUUUUGGUGAUUGUGUUUAGGGAUGAGACAAGACAUGUUAAGUAUGAUUGUGGCAAACUGUAAAAGUUUCAACGCGUUAGAAUUUGCCUAUGUAAUUGAGUUUGCUGAAUAUCUUCAUUAUUUUUUUUUUUGUUUUUGUAUUUUUUUUUUCUGAAGUGCAAAAAAAAUACUCCUUUCUCAAAGUGAUUCCUGUGUUCAUUGUAUAAACUAGUAUAACUUACUACAAGAAAAAGUUACUCCCUAUGUCCCAAAAUUAUUGUCCA